AUUGCGCCUGUGCCAAAGUCGAGACUCUCACACUGCGCCUGCGCCCGGGGCGGAGUGCCGACGACGCGCCUGCGCGGAAACGGCAGCGUCUUAAGGCGCGUGCGCGGACGGGCCAGUACGGAAGUCAGAGGAGGGUCGGGCACGGACCAGACUUGACGUGAGGCGCUGGACCUCGGCGGCGGUCAGGAGACAACUGGCUUCCUGAAGCCGUCCCUACCCCGAGCCCAGCGUUCCUAAGUCUGUGUCCGCGGGGCAGAGCCGAGCCGCCUUCGGUUAGGCGUUCGAGGCGAGCCCGCGCGCCCUGACAGCGGGGACCGGGAGGUCUCGCGAGAUCCGUACGCCUCACGAGCCGGACCGGCGUCUUGGGAGCGGCUGAGGUGAGAGUAUCGGGAUGGACGAGGAUCUGGUGGUCGCGCUGCGGCUGCAGGAGGAGUGGGACGUGCAGGCGGCGCGGCGCGCGGCGGCGCGGGAGCCCCUAUCGUUGGUGGACGCGUCCUGGGAGCUGGUGGACCCCACCCCGGACCUGCAGGCGCUCUUCCUGCAGUUUAACGAUCGCUUCUUCUGGGGUCAGCUGGAGGCCGUGGAGGUGAAGUGGAGUGUGCGCAUGACACUGUGUGCUGGCAUCUGCACCUAUGAAGGGAGAGGAGGCAUGUGCUCCAUCCGUCUCAGUGAACCCUUGUUAAAACUCAGACCAAGAAAGGACCUUGUAGAGACUCUCUUGCACGAAAUGAUCCAUGCUUACUUAUUUGUCACCAAUAAUGACAAAGACCGAGAAGGACACGGCCCAGAGUUCUGUAAACACAUGCAUCGAAUCAACCAGCUGACAGGAGCCAACAUAACGGUCUACCACACUUUCCACGAUGAGGUGGAUGAGUAUCGCCGGCACUGGUGGCGCUGCAAUGGACCCUGCCAGCACAAACAGCCCUACUAUGGCUAUGUGAAGCGCGCCACCAACAGAGCUCCCUCUGCUCAUGACUACUGGUGGGCUGAGCACCAGAAAACGUGUGGCGGCACUUACAUAAAAAUCAAGGAGCCAGAGAACUAUGCAAAGAAAGGCAGAGGAAAGACAAAAGCAGGCAAGCAGCCCACGGCAGUGGAGAAUAAAGAUAAACUGUGCAGAGGAGAGACCCAGCCGCUCAUCCCAUUCAGUGGCAAAGGGUAUGUUCUUGGAGACACAAGCACUUGCCCUUCAGCUGGGAAGCUGAACACCUCACACAUGGUUAAUGAAACCAAAGGUCUCUCAGGUCAAGACCAUUCAGUGAGUGGCCUGAAGCUCGAUUCCAACGUUGAAGUGAAAUGUGAACAGAACGGUCUUCCAAAUAAGAAGCCUCAUCUUGUCACCCCUCUUCCCACUGCUAGUCACCAAAGUGUCCUGAGCAGCUACUUCCCCAGGGUCUCUGUUGCCAACCAAAAGGCUUUCAGAAAUGUAAAUGGAUCCCCAGUAAAGAGUGGAACCACUAUCGAUGGCACCAAGCACUCUGCCUCAGCAGGCUCUCAGAGAAAGGUUCCACCUUCUAGGGCAUCCCUGAGAAAUUCCUCCAAAGUCGCGGCAGCAGCAUCAGCAACCGUGACAUCUGCAGCUGGGACUUCCGCAACCAUAUCCCGAGAGGAGAGUGGGUCUGAAGACCAAUUCCUGAACAAGCGACCCAGGUUGGAGGACAGGACUGCUUUGAAUAAUAUCAAGGAGCAAACACAGAGUGGUGGUGACCUUGAGGAUAGCUCACGGCCCACAGCCAUCAGCACGCCUCGGAGCUCAGGAGGUCAGCGGCGGCUGGUCAACUGUCCAGUGUGUCAGGGCGUAGUUUUGGAGUCGCAGAUUAAUGAGCACUUGGACCGCUGCCUGGAAGGCAACAAAACCAACCUCCGACCUCGAAGAGUGUGAGGUGGAGUGGGUCCCACACCGCCUGAUGGCUCAUGGUGCUGUCACCCAGCAGUUGAAGGACCUGUGGGUCACAGUGUGACUUACUGCACCAGCAGUGUCAUGUCUUACAUACACACAACAAAUAGUUGUGCUUUAAGUCUGCAUUUCCAUCCAGAGGUGUCCCUGUGACCCCAGAUGCUCAGGGAGAUGAGGCAGGAGCGUCACUGCAGCCCACGGCCUUG